AUGCUGGAGCAGUACUUACCCGGACUUCAUUCCCCAUUGCACCUCGGCGCCAUCAUCCCAGAUACCCGUGGCAGGGCGCACAAGGCUAGAGGCAAGGGGCCAUGCUAUUCAGCGCCUCAACCAAAGACGAUCGACGUCGGACUGCGAAAUGCCGGGGUUUUCGUGCAUUGCAUAUGGUAUCUCGGUGGGCUCGGGCCUCGGUUUUACAAGUGUGGCGUCGUCGCCACUCUCAGUAUCGCCGUUGUCCAGUGCUCGAGGGCGCGGAAUCGCAUGUGGGCAGGAUGGAGAAUACAUCGGUAUAUCAGCACCAGUACCAGCAGUACCAUCUCACAGCAAAUACCCCAAAACCCCGCAUACCACUUACCCAUAUAUCCACCUCCCACCUCUCCCGCAAUUUCACCCCCCGUCACGACCCACUGCAAACCCACCACCCCAUCCAUCCUCGCCACCCUCCCUUCCCCCUCCAGUCUCGCAUACGGAUGCUCCGCCUGCACCCUAAUCGUCUGUCACACCUGCAAAGAAGCUUGUUCGUCUGCGCUGCAGUUUCGCGGGGGAGAGGUUUUGCGGUUGAGGGUGAAGGAGGAUACGGAGUCGGGGUCGAAGGAAGAAGAAGAUGCGUAG